GGGCAGCGGCGGCGUCGAAGGACCUCGCGCAGCGUCCGCGGGCUCCGGGGCGGGGGCUGCGGCGGCGAAGCCCCCUCCCCGGGGAGGCGGGGCGGGGCGAGCUCCCCGCGGGGAGCGGCGGCGACCGGGGAGGAUGCAUCAGAAGCUGCUGAAGAGCGCGCAUUACAUCGAGCUGGGCAGCUACCAGUACUGGCCGGUCCUGGUGCCCCGCGGCAUCCGCCUCUACACCUACGAGCAGAUCCCCGUGUCCCUCAAGGACAACCCGUACAUCACCGACGGCUACCGGGCCUACCUGCCCUCCAGGCUCUGUAUCAAAAGUUUGUUUAUUUUAUCUAAUGAGACAGUAAACAUUUGGAGUCAUUUGCUGGGUUUCUUUCUCUUCUUCACACUGGGAAUAUAUGACAUGACAUCUGUGUUACCUUCAGCAAGUGCAUCCAGAGAAGAUUUUGUAAUUUGUUCUAUUUGUCUUUUCUGCUUCCAGGUCUGUAUGCUUUGCUCUGUGGGCUAUCAUCUUUUUUCCUGCCAUCGAUCAGAAAAAACCUGUCGAAGAUGGAUGGCAUUAGAUUAUGCAGGAAUUUCUAUUGGAAUACUGGGCUGCUAUGUCUCUGGAGUAUUUUAUGCAUUUUAUUGUAAUAAUUAUUGGCGGCAGGUGUACCUGAUCACAGUGCUCGCUAUGAUCCUGGCAGUGUUCUUCGCGCAGAUCCACCCCAGUUACCUCACUCAGCAGUGGCAGAGGCUGCGUUCCAUCAUCUUCUGUUCUGUUUCGGGAUAUGGCGUGAUCCCUACUCUUCACUGGGUUUGGCUCAAUGGAGGCAUAGGUGCUCCUAUUGUACAGGACUUUGCACCCCGUGUGGUGGUGAUGUACGUGAUCGCACUUCUUGCUUUCCUGUUCUACAUUUCCAAAGUUCCAGAGCGGUACUUUCCAGGACAACUAAACUACCUCGGAUCGAGCCACCAGAUCUGGCAUAUCCUUGCAGUAGUGAUGUUAUAUUGGUGGCACCAGUCAACAGUGUACGUCAUGCAGUACAGACACAGCAAGCCUUGUCCCGACUAUGUCUCCCAUUUGUGAAUUCAGGUAGAGCUACCUGGUAUGUUCGGCUGUUAAGCAAUAUAUAACGGGGAGUUGUAUACCCCAAUAUUUCUAAGAUCCCCAUUAGUUUUUCCUUUUCCUAUUUAAUAUAUUAUGAGGAAUACCUUCUAAAAAUGGAAAAAUCAUCAGGAGCUGUAAUAGUAAAUGCUUUACAAGCCCUUAAAACUACUAUUUUGCUGCUUGUACAGGAAGUGAAAAUUAAUUGGCAAUGAAUGUGAAACCAGUGUCAAAACAGUAUUCAUUUUACUUACCACCAGCUUAAUUUCCUUAGGAAGGGCUCACCUCCAUUAUAAAAUGGGGUCACCCUGUGUGAAUACUUUGAUAGAAAAUUUUUACAGAUGAUCAAGUGCCUAAUCAAGGCGAGGGUUGUGACAGCCUAUGCUGAACACAAGCUGGGACAGUGAUUUUGAAUCAUCACUAGCCUUUGAAUACAUGGUUUGUGAGAAACUGGCAUAUGCGAUGUUAUUUCCUUUAGCCGUGAGUUCUCUUCUCCCUGGGAACAGGGGAUUUUUUAGUUUGCUGGAACAAAAAUUUUAAACCUCUUCUCUUUUAAGUUGAAAGAGGCGUUGAGAAGAGAACAUGCAUUGUCAUUUCCAUCAGAUAAGAAUGGCAUUACAAACUGACCAUGUGAUCAGGUGACAAAUUCUGUGAUCUUAUAACCAACUAAUCAGCCAUUGAAGCUUUUUAAUUUCAGAUAUCGUUUAAGUUCAUAUAAUAAUUGAACUCUUGCCAGUGGAGUGCAGAUAUUUAGUUCCAAAAUCCCUGCAGCAGAAAAACUUUCACCUCUGAAUUUGCAAUCCUAGACUCCCUGAUGACUGGGGGA